UAAAAAAAAAAAAACAGAAAAAGUGAUUCUUCAAUUUGGAAUUUGUAUGUAGCUAAUUUGGCUGGCGAGAACAAUAUAAAAUUAACAGCCUUAUAGUUCUCCGUGCGCGGUCCCUCGGCAACUGAACAGCUCAGCUCAGAGAGGGAGGGGGAAUAUCUACAGGCAGUUUCGAUAGCAUACGCACACUACUCGUGCUAGAGUAAAAAGCAAGCAAACAGCGCAUAAAAUGAGCUGCAAGGUGCGGCUUAUGGAGGAUGGAUCACUGGACGAGGAGCCGUUAACGCUGAAAGAGAUCGCUUAUCAGAAAUUAUGCAAUAAUUUAGAUAUCAUAAGCAAUUGCACAGACGAUGGGCCGCACACGCUGAGUCCUGGCAUUGUGCUGACCAACGAGAUUUGCGAUGCAUUUCUGGAGAACUUUCAGCGUUUUCACAGGCCACUGGACGAUCGGGUCAUAUGUCUAUUCAACGACACGAGGCGCACUUCCCUGAAGAUUGUUAAUUUGCGUUAUAGCACGCUGACCAGCACAGGUCUUGAGACACUGAUGCGGCACAAGUUGUUCGCGUUAUCCAUGUGGUACUGCCACAAAAUCACAGUGCAAUCACAUCACCUCCUGGCGCGCUACGGUGACAGUCUGCGCUCCCUUGAGCUGGGAAUCAGUUCCCAUCUGUUGCAGAACGCAGAACCCAAUGAGAAGGAACCUGUGGACUUUCAAUUAACGUGCCCGCAUCUACGACGUCUGGUGCUUAACGGCGUCGUUAUGCAUCAUCGUUUGCAGUUUGCUCACUUGCAGGACCUAAGUCACCUUGAUUUGACGUCAUGCGUGCUAGCGAACUUCAGUCUAGAGGCCCUUAGCAUGCUGCCCAACCUACACACCCUGAUCCUUUUUAAUGUAUGGCCAAUCGCCAAUCAGUUGCACGCGAUCUGCUGUCUGCGUCGCCUUUCAACGUUAGACAUUUCGAUAUCGAGCACGGGCAAUGGACAUGGCACCUAUGAUUUGCCCGAUCAGACGCUUGAAAUGCUCAUGGAUAACCUGCGGCAUCUGACCCAUUUGGACAUCUCCGGGACAAAUUUAGCAGGCAACGGCGUGGCCACCAAGGAGUCAAACUGCGUCAACACCAAGCAAGAGCAGCAAUUCGGACCCACCGACAUACCAGGGCUCGCAUCCCGCACUCAACGGCCGCUGCAGUUCCUCGGCUUAUACCAUACGGCGCAUUGGGCGUGCAAGCGGCACGAUAUACCUGCUCUGGAGGUAGCCGGCGACGCCAAUGAGCAGCAGAUACUCACCGCGGCGCGCUACUACCACGACAGACCUGUGCUGCUAACAAGGGUUCUUAAUGAUCUAUACCAUCUUUUUCGCUUUGAGAAUUGCAAGGAUAUACACACGGCUUUGGAUGUAGUGCUCUGCGCAAUGGACAGGCAUCUGAAGUUCAAACACAUGCAAAUCUCUGGAAGCGCAACAUUAUUCUAUAUUGUUAAGGGGCGGGAUCGCUCAAAGUUUGGUACGCUAUUGCGUAAUCAUAUUAUUCGAACCUUGCUCAACGGCAUGGAAAUGCAUCUGACGGAUGACACUAUGCUGCGGAAUGGCUACCUCACACUGACACAGUUCCACAUGCCUAUGGAUGUGCUGUUCGAGUACGAGCGACUAAUCAAGAUUCUACUGCAUGGCGUAUCUAAGACGGAGCAAGAGGGUUUUGUGCAACGCAUCGCUAUUUACCUGCUCAACACACUUGCCUGCCAGGUGGAUGGAAGACAGAAGCUCUUCCUCGGCGAAUUGGGCGUUGUUAGCACGAUGUUGACGCUCAUUAAAGAUCGUCUGACCCGCUCCGUGUUUGACGAUGUCAUGGAGGUGGCGUGGUCGACCAUGUGGAAUGUAACCGAUGAGACUGCAAUUAAUUGUAAAAGAUUUUUGGAUGGACGUGGUAUGGAGUAUUUCCUUAAAUGCUUAAACACUUUUCCUGAUCGAGACGAGCUGUUGAGGAAUAUGAUGGGCUUGCUCGGUAACGUGGCUGAAGUUAAGUGGCUGCGCCCUAAGCUGAUGACUCAAGAGUUUAUUGAGGUGUUUGCUCGUUUACUGGAUUCACUCAGCGAUGGCAUCGAGGUGGGUCGUCUUUGUGGAAGACUAGCCAAUGACAAUGCUAAUCAACUGCGCUUCCAGGUCAGCUACAAUGCGGCUGGAGUGCUGGCGCACAUUGCCUCCGAUGGCGCCGAGGCGUGGACCAUCAAGACUCCCUCACGGCAACACGUACUGGAGCGCAUGGUGGCCGCCAUUCAGCGCUGGAACAUCAAGAGCGAACGUAACAUUAACUAUCGUAGCUUUGAGCCCAUACUUAGUUUAGUGCGCUGUUACGAGACGCCCCAAUGCCAGCACUGGGCUGUUUGGGCGCUGGCCAAUCUUACACAGGUGUAUCCGGACAAGUAUUGCCAACUGGUGGAGCAGGAGAAUGGCAUUCAGAUACUAACCGAGCUCAUAGAGCACGAGAGCCCGUACUUUGAGAUUAAGCGCAUUGCUCGUAUCGUCAUUGAGCAGUGCGAUUUGGGUGUGGAGCGAAUGGUGGAGGGCUAAGCGAAAGCCUUUGCGAUACCUUAGGCUAAAUAUAUUCAAGUUUGUUGUAAUGUUUAUGUUUUUAAGGCAGCAGCAAGUGUUAUCGUUCUGAUUCUUCCUCAAUUUUUAUGUUUACUCGAAGAAAAAAAAGCAAAAAAUUUUAAAUGCGGCAGAAAACAAAAGUAGAAUAGAAUUUAAAUAAGAAACGCGCGUUUGGCAGAAUACACGGAGAAUAGUAUAUAUGCAUACACAUAUAUAUUAUAUAUAUUUAAAUAAUUAAUACGAUAUAUGUGUAGUAUAUCAUGUUGUAAGUAAACAAGCGAUUUUUUUUAAGACGAGAUUAAGCCCCUGUCGGAACUGUAAAUAUUGUUAACAAAAGAAAGUAUAAAGAAAAGCGAAGCCGCUGCAGUUUGAAUAGAUCCCCAAUUAAAUAUUCCUAUGCCUAUAACUGA